AACGUGCGAGCACAUAAAACGCCAGCGUCUCGCAGUCGAAACGACACUUGAGUAGGAAGCGUGCCGCAGCGCGAAACCUUAAAAGAGAAUACGUUAUAGCAUUGAAUGAAAAACUGUUUGACUGACAGACAGAUUGACAGAAUGGCACCAAAAUUCGCACUGAAAUGCAAUUACAUUUAUUUGUUGAUUCUAAUUGUGUUCGCCUGGCAGCUGUGCGCGGCUAAGCAGCUGCCUUUGCCUGCCAAUGUCGCUGCCGCUGCAAGUGCAGCAACAACAACAGCAAAAACGACACCAACACGAACAAGCAGCAGCAGCAGCAGCAGCAGCAGCGCCCAGCAACUACGUCACGAAUCGUACGAUAUUGAUGACGACAAUAUUGCAGACGCACACAUGGCCCCCUCGCGCAGACGUCGCCAGGUGUCCGAUUGGUUCAUAGCGCCCAAUACGCGCUGGUGCGGGCGCGGCAACUUGGCCAAUGGCACAUACAAUCAUUUGGGAGGUGCAUCGCUGGCUGACAAAUGCUGUCGGAAGCAUGACCACUGCAAGAUUUACAUACCGGCCAUGUCUAAUCGUUACGAGCUCUUCAAUUAUCGCCCGUAUACGCUGUCGCACUGCAGCUGCGAUCGGCGUUUCCGCACCUGCCUCAAAAUGGCCAGUGACGAGGACGCCAAUACGAUUGGCAAGCUUUUCUUCAAUAUGGUGCAAACGCAGUGCUUUGUCCUUAAAACGGAAAAGGUGUGCCAGCAGCGAGGUACAGGCAUCGACUCUGACAAAUGCCUGAGAGAGGUGGUGAGCCACAAGGCCUACCUCAAAAAUAACAAGAAGUUUUAAGCGCCGCCGCAUCAGUUAAGCCGAAAGUAAAUAGCAUGUGUGUAUGUAAAACGCAGCCAAAAACCCAAAGCCUGUUUUCUUGCGUUGCAUUUCGAAUUACCUGCCAAAUCUAAUUUGCCAUUAAGUUUGAAACCUAUUGGUAAACUAAACUCACAGCACAGAUGGGCGUAACAACUUAAGCAUUGCUUAACUUAAAUCUCGUACUUACGGACACCUUAUUACUAAACUAUACUCUACUAUACCAAUACACAGUUUUACGUAUUAAGCUGUCUACUUAGAUGCAUAUAUGUAUAUUCGAGCGCUGUUAUACGUUAUGCGUAACGUAGCGUAACGGCCAAAUCACAUAUAACUUUUACGUAUUCGUAGUUUAAGCAUACGAACAUAGGCUGCCUGUAAAACAAAGUUUUAAAUAGUUUGUAGCUAACAUAGUCGAUCUAGCAGUUAGUUCAAAAAUAUAACAAAAUUAUUCCCCCAACUUCCCUAAGUUAUUAAGUGUUGUGGCAUACAAUAUAUGUACAACAUACAACAACUGAGUUGCCUUGAUUUUAAUUAUGCUCUACGUUUAGUCUAGUAUUUUUUAGUGUUUAAAAAUUUACAAAAACAAU